AUGACUCAAUUUUCACCGCUAGAUACUUCCUCACUUGAUCGAGUAGCUUACCUUGUUGGCUACCCCAUCGCACAUUCUAAAUCACCAUCAAUGCACCAUGCUAUAUACUCGGCGGUGGGGCAAAAAUGGGAUCAGCUCCUUUGCGAGACGACGGAUCUUGAAGCUUUCCUCAAAUAUUUCAAGACCGAUCCCAAAUGUAUGGGAAGUGGAGUCACCAUGCCUUUCAAAGUCGCGAUGAUUCCAUAUCUUGACGAGCUCACAGACGAAGGAAAAGCCAUUGGAGCCGUCAACACAAUCUUUUUCAAGACAGCAACCGAUGGAUCAAGGAUAUGCUGCGGGACAAAUACUGACUGUUUGGGCAUUCGUGAUGCUUUCUUCGCAAAUGUCAAGGAUGCUCCCUAUCGAGGAAAACCCGGUCUUGUUGUGGGAGGUGGCGGCACCUGCAGAGCGGCCGUUUAUACGUUGCAGAAAUUCAUGGGAUGCUCGCCUAUAUACAUCAUCAAUCGUGAUGCUGCUGAAGUCGCGGCAGUAUUAAAAGAAUGCCGUGCUCGUGGUGCUGGGGAUGAAUUAGUCUACGUAUCAACAACCGCGCAGGCUAAACGUCUGCCCGCUCCAGGCGCCAUUGUCAGCGCGGUGCCAGACUUUACUCCAGUAACCGAGAACGAGAGGAUGGUCAGGGAGAUUCUCGGUAUCUUCUUGCAAGCCGGCCGAAAAGGUGUUUUGCUGGAAAUGUGUUAUCAUCCUUCACCAGACACCCAAAUAUCUAGACUUGCUCUGGAUUCAGGCUGGCAGGUGAUCGGAGGGAUUGAGGCGAUGAUCGGACAAGGUCUAGCCCAGGCCGGCCUCUGGACUGGCAUCGAGAUUGAUGACAGGCUGAGAAAUGUUGCGAGAGUGGCGGUGCAGCUGCAAACAGAAUAG